CUGGUUGACGCGAACGCUGACGUUGACUCACAGCAAAGAAUUCUUAUGUAAUGUUUCUACUUUUUCUAUGGUAUUGUAAAACUGCUAUUAAUGAAUAAAUUGAUUCAUAAAAUUACAAAAAUUAAGUUAAAAAUGUAUUACAAAAAGACUCACAGCACAGGGACAACUACCGUGGGAGGGACUUGACCAUAGCCUCGACUUGACAGUUUACUAUGAAAGAUCAGUGGUGACUGCAGUCACAGAUAGCGGUUUGAGAGAAGAACAUCCAAAUCAAGGCCUAUAUAAUAUUAAAUAUGCAGAACGUGAUGGAUUUAAAGCAGUUUGCGGAGGAACAUGCCACUGGUCUUGCAGUCGCCCUUAUCGCAGGAGUGAGCAUUGUGGCCUUGCGCAGAUGGAAGGCCGGGGGAAUGUGCAGGAGCAAGGCCAGGCUGGAUGGCAAAACAGUCCUGAUUACAGGGGCCAACACUGGCAUUGGGAAAGAGACAGCCAUGGACAUGGCCCGCAGAGGGGCCAGAGUGCUCCUGGCCUGCAGAGACAUGACCAAAGCCAACAAGGCAGCAGACGAGAUCAGGAAGAAGACCGGUAAUGGGAACGUGGUGGUAAAACAUCUGGACCUAACCUCACUGCAGUCAGUCAGGGAGCUGGCCAAAGAUAUCCUGGAGAACGAGGACAGGCUUGACAUCCUUAUCAACAAUGCAGGAAUCAUGAUGUGCCCCAAAUGGAAGACUGUGGAUGGCUUUGAGAUGCAGUUUGGUGUAAACCACCUUGGACACUUCCUUUUGACCAACUGCCUCUUGGAUUUCCUGAAGAAAUCCACUCCCAGUCGGGUUGUUAACGUGUCUAGUCUGGCCCACGAGACAGGCAAGAUCCAUUUCGAUGACAUUAACCUUGACAAAGACUAUGACCCUCAUGUAAGCUACCUUCAGAGCAAGCUAGCCAACGUUCUCUUCAGUAGAGCGUUAGCAGCCAAACUAAACGGUACGGGUGUAACUGUGUACAGCCUUCACCCUGGCAUCAUCCGUACGGAGCUGGGCCGUCACUUUUUCCCCACCCUAGCCCUGUGGAAGAGGAUCUUGGCUGUGCCAUUAAUUGCACUCAUGAAGACGCCCUGGGAAGGGGCUCAGACCACAAUUUUUUGUGCUGUGGAUGAGAGCCAAGCAAACGUCACUGGCCUGUACUACAGUGACUGCGCCCCUAAAGAGGCCGCCCCACAGGGCCGGGAUGACGAGGCUGCAACCCGACUGUGGGAUCUCAGUGCCUCCAUGGUGGGCUUAGCCUAAUGGAGUCACUCCACCCAUAUCCUCAAAUAGGUAAAGCUACUGGCACUAUUGCAAGCAGGUUUGGAUAUUUUAGGAUCUAAAUAAGCAUGUUAUCAGUGCAUGGCUGAAAGAACCACUUAUGAUAUCAUUGAAUGAUGAGAUAUUGGUUGCUCCAUUUAUAUUGCUAAAGGAAAUACUUUAAUCUCUAUGGUUCUCUGUAUCUACAGCUUGCUCUUUGUAUAACCUACCAGUAUAACAUUUCCUGAUCCAGUGGGUUGGAUGUCAAACAUGCAGUGAAACAUGAUAAAAUACCACUACUGGUAUGUUUAUAUUCUAGUUGUAAUCCAGUGGUAGGAUCAUCAUUGGAUACCUUUAAUUUGGAAUACAUUAUUCUUUAAUAGUGA